AUGGAAAGCGGUUUCUCCUUGGCACAGAGAGAAGAAGAAGAUUACAAAAAUGAGAAAUCUGCAGGAAUGAUGAUGAAGAAAGUGAGCUACAUGGCUGCUCCAAUGGUGGCAGUUUCUGUUUCUACGUAUCUCCUUCAAGUUAUCUCCAUGGUUAUGGCCGGUCACUUGGACGAGCUCUCUCUCUCCAGCGUCGCUAUUGCAACUUCUCUUACCAACGUCACUGGCUUCAGCCUCCUCGUUGGGUUUUCAGGUGCGUUAGAGACAUUAUGUGGUCAAGCUUUUGGAGCAGAGCAAUAUAGAAAAAUUGGUUCAUACACUUACAGCUCAAUGACAUGUCUUGUCUUGAUUUGUUUCCCAAUCUCUCUUCUUUGGGUUUAUAUGGACAAACUCUUGAAACUAUUCCACCAAGAUCCUCUCAUCUCUGAGUUAGCUUGUAGAUACUCCAUCUGGCUCAUACCUGCUUUGUUCGGAUGCGCUCUUCUUCAGCCUAUGACUCGCUAUUUCCAGUCACAAGGAUUGGUUCUUCCUCUCUUCUUGAGCUCUUUUGGAGCUCUCUGUUUUCACAUUCCCUUGUGUUGGUUUCUUGUCUAUAAACUUAGAUUUGGAAUUGUUGGUGCCGCUUUGUCCAUCGGUGUUUCGCUUUGGUUCAAUGUAGCUUUGCUCUGGGUUUUUAUGAGAGAUUCUGCUCUGUAUCGUGAAACCAAUAAUCUUCAGCCGCAAGAAAUCUUCUCGAGCAUGAAACAGUACAUCUCUCUCGCGAUUCCCUCUGCAAUGAUGAUAUGUUUGGAAUGGUGGUCAUUUGAGAUUCUGUUACUAUUGUCUGGACUCUUACCCAACUCAAAACUCGAAACAUCGGUGAUGUCCAUAUGCCUCACAACUUCAGCUCUGCAUUACGUUUUAGUGGAUGCAAUAGGUGCAGCCGCAAGCACACAUGUCUCAAACGAGCUAGGCGCUGGAAACCCAAAGGCAGCUCGAGCAGCGGCUAAUGCUGCACUUUACCUUGGCGCUUUUGAUGCUUCCUUUGUAUGCAUCACUCUUUACAGUUAUCGAAAAACUUGGGCGUAUAUCUUUAGCAAUGAGGUAGAAGUCGCUCACUAUGCAACAAAAAUCACACCGAUUCUCUGCCUAUCAAUCUUUAUCUGCAGCUCUACGGCCGUGCUCUCAGGGAUUGCGAGAGGAGCAGGGUGGCAACAUAUAGCAGGAUAUGCAAGCAUAGGAUCAUAUUAUCUGGUUGGUAUACCUGUGGGUUCAAUCUUAUGUUUUGUUGCGAAAUUGAGAGGGAGAGGACUUUGGAUUGGUAUAUUGUUAGGCUGCUUUUCCCAAACGAUGGUUCUUGCUCUUGUCACUUUUUUCACCAAUUGGGAGCAAGAGGCAACGAAGGCGAGGGAUAGAGUAUUGGAGAUGACACCUAAAGGAAACCAAGAAACAGAAAUCAUAAAAGAGGAUGCGCAAGUUCUACUAAGCGAUAUUUCAGAAAAUGUGUAACCCCAUAUCCAUGUGUUUCUGAUUUACACAAGCGUCUGUGUUUCUAGCUCACAUAAGCAUGUGUUUAUGAAUCAAAUAAGA